AUGGCGAGAGUUCAGUUAUUGUUAUGUUUCACCAUCCUUAUUGCAUCAGUGACCCUUCUUGACGUGGUUUCAGCUCACCUCAAGAUUAAACCAUCUUUGCCUCAGAUUGAAGAUCCAAAGACAGUCAAGGAUGUGGAGCCUUACACAGUUAAAGUAGUGAUGGUCUUUGUAUCGGAUCUUGAGAAAGAAUGUCCCAAGAACAACAAAUUCAAGGCUUUCUUUGAGAAACUCAGAGCAUACGCCAAGUAUGUUUGUCCAAUAGGAAACAGAGCUAACCAAGAGUACGAAAAAGACAUGGAAGCCAAAGCUGGGGGACUCUUCAAGUCCAUCGCUUCUUUUGCUUAUGGAAAGAUAAAACAGGAGAUAAAGGAGGAGAUUCAAGAGGAAAAACAGGAAGCUAUUGAAACCUUCAGGUGGAUGAAAUCCCUGGCCGGUAGGAUCUUGGGUGGCCGUAAGAAAGAAGAGAGCCCAGAGACCAUGAAGCUAACAGCAGAACAACAGAAACAAAUCAAGGAAGGGAUCUUGAAAUGGGAGACAGUGAUUGCUAAAAUCGCAAACACAAUGGUUCAAACCACAACAACAACAACAACAACAACCACCUCUUCUUCUUCUUCUUCCGGUGAAGCUUCUACAGGUGCAAAAGAAAGCCAAGGCAGCAAGAGCUCUGGUGCUGGAAACUCUUACACAGACACUACAGGCUCAGGCUCAGGCUCAGGCUCAGGCUCAGGCUCAGGCUCAGGUGAACUUUCUACAGGUGGAAAAGGAAGUCAAGGCAGCAAAGGCUCUGGUAGUGGAGCCUCUUACAAAGACACUACAGGUUCCGGUUCAGGUUCUACCAUGGGAAGUCCCAGUGGAAGUCCCAGUGGAAGUCCUAAGACCAGUCCCUCUGGUUCAACCUACGAUGCUGAAAGCGGAAGCGGAAGCGGAACAUCAUUCAAGGAUACUACCGGAGGAAGCCCUAUGAGUCCAUCGGGAAGCUCCAUGAGUCCAUCGGGAAGUCCUAAGAAUAGCAUCUCUAGUGAUGAAAGCUCCACUUACCGUACUACAGGUUCCACCACAUCUGCUUCAGGCGAAAGUGUCAGUGCUAGUCAGAGCGUCACAGUGCAAGAAGUGGAGGCUGAAACUUCCCAAGAAGUCAUGACAUUCAUAAUGAACCUCGAGAAGAAGUGUCCGCAAAAGGAGGAAUACAAGUCCUUCUUCGAGAAGCUCAAGGGUACCAUGACAGCCUCCGCAAAGGUCACUAUCGAGAAGAAGAAAGGUUUCUUUUCUGGGCUUAAAUCUGCUGCUGGGAAAAUAUCCGAUGCCAUGUCGUUCAUGCGUGCAAGAAUCGGAGGCAAAUCAGCAGAGGUGAAGAAAUCCAUGGAAGCUUACCACGCAGAAGUGGUGAAGGCUGUGCACGAGUUAGACGCCAUCCACAGCAAGAUUCUUGCUCAGAAUCAAGGCAAGAAAGAGAUUACAGUCACAGCAGCACAACGAACAGAGAUUAAACAGUGUAUCACCAAGUGGGAAACAGUCACAACCCAAUUCGUGGAGACUGCUGUUAAGAGCGAGACUUCUACAAAUUCUUCAGCUGGUUUGGACAAAACGAAGCUAACCUGA